AUGGCAAAUGUCCCAACCAUAGCACGUCCAGAAGAAAUCGUUGUAGAAGUUGGUCCAUCUAACAAGUUGAUUUAUAUUAUGGGGGUUUUAAAUGAUAUUCCUCAUGGAAUAAACCCAAUAAAUAAAAAUUAUUUAUUUAAGAACGGAGUUCUAUUUGAGCAUAGAAUUGAACUGAAAGCAAAAAUGGACCGAAGUCAAAAAAUACAAAAAACCAUUAUACAUAGAGGAUUAGUAAAAAUAAUCAUCAAAAAAAAGCAAAUAAAAGAUAAAAGUGAAAGAUUUGUUCUCGAGUGUGAAUAA